GGGAUAAGUCACUCCUCAACAUCAUGGUUUCUUUCACUAAAUUCGCCGUGGCCGCCACCUGGGCGUCCGCCAACGGCUUGUCCAUCGUUCCUUCUCUCCAAACCUACGCCAAUAACUUGGCUUCCUUUUUCCUGUUGCAAGACUCGCCAAUUGCCGUUGACCCUGCCCCUGCCACAGACUCGGGUUUCGCCAUUGAACUCAAGUUGCCAGGAGGAAUCCCCGGCAACGACAGACCCAUUCCCGGAGACUCGCCGCUAGUCCAAUGUGACGUCACCGAGGCCCAGCUCUUGAACUUGCAGAGCGUCAUUUUAGAGCCCAAUCCCCCUUUGAGAGGUGAAAACUUGACUAUCAUCGCCAAAGGGUAUUUGGAUAUCGACAUUGAGGACGGUGCGUACGUCGAGGUCGACGUAAGGUACGGCUUCAUCAAGUUGUUGCACCAGACGUUUGAUAUCUGUGAGGAGAUUUCUGCUGUUGACUUGGAAUGUCCUAUUGCUGCCGGCCAGCAUAUCAUUAUCAAGGAGGUGGAGAUUCCGCUGGAAGUGCCUCCAGGAAAGUAUAUUGUCACGGCCCGGGCGUACACCCAAGGACGAUGAAUUUAUCACCUGUUUGAGUGGGACUGUUGAAUUUCCUGCUGCUUGAACCACUAACGAGAGAGGAAGGUGAGUAGAAGUUGUACAAAUGGAAGGUGAAGUGGAAAUCAGUACAAACUGAUGGUGAGGUAGAAGUCCGUAUAAACGGACUCCCCCAAGUCCUUUUUAUCCCGCCUUCUCUCGUCUCUAGCCCUAGAAUAUAUUGUUUAAUACACUGCAUAGCCGUUCCC